AUGGAAACCAGUGACUCCGUUUCCUUUUCCCAUAUCCCACGUGAAGUCUCGCCGCUGAGCAGUGGGAGAGCCGAAGAUGGCUCCAAGAAUUCCGACGGCUAUGGAGAUCAACCGCCUGGUGGUGACGAUGAAAUGAAAGAGCUUCCUGAGAUGACAGAGGAUAUUUCAAAAGAACAAUCAGGGAGUAUUCUCUCGAGAUGGUGGCCUGAAUUUAUCGCUUGUGCCAUUGCGGUCGCCGCCUUUUGCGCGUUGAUCGGCACCGUGUACCCAUAUCAGGGCCAGCCCUUACCCAGAUGGCCAUACGGUCUCGGAAUCAACACACUGAUUUCGAUAUAUACUGUCAUAUUCGAGAUGGCCACCGUGAUGGUAGUAUCAUCUGGCUUGGGACAACUCAAAUUCCUCUGGUUUCAAAGUUCACGAAAGCUUUCUGACCUCGGAACAUUCGAUCAAGGAGGUAGGGGAGCUUGGGGCGCACUGUUAUUAAUAUGGCGGCUUCGGACACGUUAUGUCUUGGCUUCGAUUGGAUCGCUUGUAAUUGUUCUAGGCAUAUUUCUCUCUCCGUUUAGUCAACAACUCGUUAAAUAUGACUCUUGCAUCGACACAGAUCCUUCCAUUAAGGCUACUAUUCCUCGAACAAACUUUGUGAGCUCGGUUGGUACAAACCAUUUAGGUGCUGCCAUGGCCGAUGUUGACCAGCCAGCUCAAGCCGCCAUAAACACUGGGCUCUUCGACAACGUUCCUGCUGCGGUCACUCCUUUCUGCCCGUCGGGUAACUGCACAUUUCCCACACAGUACGCGUCGGCGGGAUAUUGCCGGGUAUGCGAGGACUAUACAGACAGGACAGUGUUGACGGGGAAUAUGACGAAGCCCAAUGUUACUGUGAAGGACUGGAGUAUUAGCUCAAAUGGGUCAAGCUAUGGCUUUGUGCUGGGAUCCGGCACUGGGCCGUACCCAGGAAUCAGAAUGUUAUUCAGCACUGGUCAAAACGAGACUGCAAGGCAGCAAUCAAUCGACAAAUGUGAGGGCGGGAUCACAGGUGGAAACUGGACCUGUCUAGGAUUUGGAGCUGCCGAGUGCAGUGUUCGGCCCUGUGCUCUCCGAUAUAACGCGAGUCUGGUGCAAGGUGUUUUCACGGAAAACAUCACAUCCUUCACUACCGAUAUGCGGUACACAUAUAUCGGAGCCGUAGGUAUUAGUGCCGUCGACCUCAAGUGUACUACUGCAGCGGAACAGGACUACCUUCGCUCGAAAAACUACACAUGGGACAACUCUAUGGAUUGGCUGCCUUACAACAUGUCGAAUCAGAUUUUCACCACAGCCUACAACGAAUCUGAUAGUCUCCGCGACGAGUGCAUAUACCAAGGCAAUACGCAAGAUCUAAGGUCUCUCACAUCGUUUUUCGCAGAAUAUUUCAACGGAAAUCUUGCAUAUGGUUUCAUGGCAACAGGAACCGGUAAUACCAUUCCUGGCCGUGCCAUCUACAACAUGGCAGAAUUCAACUUCACACAUCUUGACACCAAAUUCCGAAACCUAGCUACAUCAAUGACUGCUUAUGCCCGAUCGAGGACCGACACAAUCCCGGAAGAGGCAACGGUUCUUUUCGAAGGCGAAAUCAACACUUGGAGGACUUGCGUAGUAGUGCGAUGGCCCUGGAUCACGCUACAGGCCGUCAUCCUCCUCCUCAUGGCGUUCUUCUUUGCGCUCACUCUCCUGGCAGUAGAGGGAACCGACAAUGAUACGAUCAAGCACGACUUUAAGACUUCGAUACUUCCCCUGCUUUUCCAUGGAUUGCAUAGUGACACCCUAGAGAGUGUUGAACACGAUGCACCCAACAUGGCUAGAAUCCAGCAGCACGCAGGGCACAUCAGGGUCAAGGUUGCGCGAAGGCGGACAGGCUGGGGAUUUGAAGAAGCCUAUAUUUGA